UGUUCUUUCGUCUGUGUGUACUUUGAUCAUACAUAGAAUCUCAAGAUGACUGGUCGUGGUAAGGGAGGAAAGGGAUUGGGAAAAGGAGGUGCGAAGCGGCACAGGAAGGUUCUUCGUGAUAACAUCCAGGGUAUCACCAAGCCGGCCAUUCGUCGUUUGGCGCGACGUGGCGGUGUGAAGCGUAUUUCCGGCUUAAUCUACGAAGAAACUCGCGGUGUCUUGAAGGUGUUCCUCGAGAACGUGAUCCGCGAUGCUGUCACCUACACUGAGCACGCCAAGAGGAAGACCGUAACUGCCAUGGAUGUCGUAUACGCCCUGAAACGACAAGGCAGAACUCUGUACGGUUUUGGAGGUUAAGAACUGUGGAUCGCUACAACAUUAUCAAUCGGCCCUUUUCAGGGCCACAAAUGACUCAAACGUUUGGUACAAUUUCUAUUCGCUACAUAUUUCCUUUCCCAUUAAUAUAAAGUAAAUUAUAUGAUGUAUCAUUGGAGUGUUCAUUCCCUGAAAAAAACAAAAUCUAGAACUAUGAAAAAUUUCUUAUUAAAAUUCUCUAAUAAUUUUGCUCUUAUACUGUAAUCAAUGUACAAUGUGAAUUGUGUUUAAAAUAUAUAUCUCUCAAUUUAUAUAUAUUCA